CCUCUGUAGGAGCGGCGCCUCAGUAAGUGCCUCAGUGCAGGUGUGCCCUCUGCCCUCCUACGCCCCCGCCUCAGCCUUUCCCGGCCAGGGGGAUCAUAGUGCUACGGUAGUAUAUGCUUAUGCAACGUUACACUCCUUAGGCGCAAUUUGUAGCAUUGGAUAUGCUUGUCUUAUGUAACUGUGCCACCUCUAGAGUUGCCAGUAAUUUUUAAAGCUAUUGCUACUGACGACACUGACCGUUUGGAGAGAUGUAUUGUAAAGAAUCUGGAUAAAAAUUGACUCGGCACGGCAAUCCAUCUGGUAAAGUUUCAGAUGGCUGUGAGUGCUGCAUCAGAGUAGUGGCCCAACCCACGACUUACCAAGGUUAGGGUAGGUCAGGCAAGGUUGUAUUGAUCCCUAUGAGUGACCCAACCAAACCUUACCUAACCUAAUCUCUGUAAGCCAAGGUGCAGUUUGAAUAUAGAGCCUUGGCACAGGUAUUGGAUAAUCAUAUUAGAAGGCAAUCUCUUUCCUCCCAUGGACUCAGGAUACUUGUUUGUUUAAGACAAAGGAGGUUAUUUAAGUCAAGUGCAUCAAGGAUGGGUGACGAGGAGUACAGCAUUACGCUGUGCCACGGCACCAUCCGACACGAUGUGCUGGUGAAGGGCACCUUGACCCUGGAGGAGUUGUCUAGAACGAUUGAGGAAUUGACUGAUGUGCUUCACAACAGCCAGAAAAUCAUUCACCGGGGCAAAACUCUCUCCCGGGGUGAGGUGACCCUGGCGUCGUGUGGCGUGGGUCCUGGUGCCAAAUUGAUGGUGCUGGGCAAGAAGCACGAACAUGAGGACAACAGCAUCAGUUUUAAGGCCGUCCUAAAAGUUGAAGAAUCAUGUAGCAAAGUAGAACGGCGCCUCAAUGACGCCAUUCCAGAGGUGGAAGGAAUCUCUCAAGGCUACAUGGAUCCCCGAUUGUGUGGGGAGGCACUUACUAAGCUCAGGAAACAGCUCCUUGCCGUUAAUGAAGACUUCAUGCGUCAUCUGGAGCAGCUAGAUGGCAUUGAUUUCCAGGAGACAGAUGUUCGUGCCAGGCAGAGGCGGAAAACACUGGUGAAGAGAAUCCAACAGUUGAUGGAGCGAUGUGACCGAGAACAUGAACACAUCAACAAAUUGUUGAUGAAUUACACCUAGUAUUAGGGUGGCAUCCUGUAGUCCAGCCUUCUGUAAGACGCUUAACUCAGUUUUCUAGUUUAAACUCAGUGGUGAGUUUUGAUUAGCAGAGUGUGUGUAAUACAUUAGUUUCUGUUUGUGCUAUAAAAGAGUGACCUUGAGAUUAAAAAGAUGUGUGUGUGUGUGUGUGUGUGUGUGUGUGUGUGUGUUUUCAGCAUAUAGCCAGGCUUCAUGCACUGCAUGCUGGCAGCUUGGUAUGAACAAAAUCAUAGGUAUUUAAACACUAGAGUGUUUUCACAUGUACAAUAACUUAAUUAACAUUCAGAAGAUAGGAAAAUUACUUUUUUUUUCAGGUUUUGUAUGCAAAAAUCCAUAAGAUUGUUUCAUCAAAAAAUUACUUACUAAAAACUGAACACAUCAGUUAUAUUAUAAUGGCCUGCUAUUCAUGUAGUUGUAGCUAAUUAUGUUGAGUUAUCUGGCAUAACUCAUCAAAAAUGUGAUUGGGAUUCAGCAUGAUAACUUUCCUCUCCAAAAAGCAUGUGAAUGGCAGCUGCCUUGUUGUUCUCCCUAUAUUCAAUGUUCAACAUUCAAUAUCCUGCUUAAAAAUCAAAUAAUUCCAGUGUUCACCUCAUAAGAUUUGCUAUGUCACAACAAUGUGACUUUAAAUUUAUAUAUUUACACUGUUUUAUGUACUAAAUGUAACAUUAUGUGUUCAUACAGUUAAAAUGACAUAUAUAUAUUCAUACAUAGAUAUAUGCAAUGCCAGAUAGUUUAGGAAGUACUAACAUGAUAUGAAUAAUGCAGGUUAUACUGUAUUUGUGGAAGUGCUACAAAGGAGAGGUACCAAAAAUUGUGGCAUAUUGACCCUCAGCAUUUAUUUUUUGUAACAAAAAAGGCAAAUUCCAAAUAAGGCUGUAUCAGUUUUAGCUUAAGUAACCGAGUGUUGUUAAUGGAGCAAACCCUGCACAGUUAGUACAGUCAGUGGUGGACUGUGCUGCUGCACGGCCUCAUGAAGAGACCCACGCUAAUACCAGAAAGAUCUUAUGAAGAGACCCACACUGAUACCAGAGAGAUCUUGUGUGUGUGUGUGUGUGUGUGUGUGUGUGUGUGUGUGUGUGUGUGUGUGUGUGUGUGUGUGUGUGUGUGUGAGAGAGAGAGAGAGAGAGAGAGAGAGAGAGAGAGAGAGGGGGGGGGGGUGCUAUUUUAGUUAUCUUUGGGAUCAUAACUUGAAAUCAAACUAAUACAAGGAAGAUCACUUGGAAAGUAAUUGAAUACUGAAGAGAAUGACUACGCUAUGUUUUGGUUAUAUAAGACUGUGUAAGCAUAGUUGCUACUUAGCAAAUGCUACAAUUUUUGGUACAGAAGAGGUAGAUGCAGAUGUAAACAAUAAAUGUCAUACAGUGAUGCUACUAUGUUAUUCAUUGUCACUGAAAUAUGUACUGCUUGCAUUUUACAAGUAUGUAUGUAUGUUAUUUGCAGUUAGUAGUGAAAAAAGUGAGAAGAUUCACUAGUUUUGAUGGGACACUAUCUGAAUUUGAGAACAUUAGGUAUAAUAUUUGACAUUUUUAUUUGAUUAGCUUACCAAAUGGUAUAUAAACAUAUUACUUUAUUCUCUUAUAAAAUUUUAGAAAGGAUUUAGGAAAAUUAGAUUACUUUAGGUUUGUGGAAUGAGAAGAGAGUUAAUAUCAGCAGUGAAAGGCUGUUCCUUUGCUGUUCCUUUACCAGUGCAAAUGCAAAGACUAAUGUAACUUAAACUGCGUGACAUUUGUUGUACAAUUAUGGAACUACCAUGGUUUAAAGCAUUCAAAACUUAAAUUAAGGUUCAAAUGUGUAGCUUAUAAUGAACUUUAUACAAAGCUUAUUGCAUUGCCUUUUCCAAGAGAGCUCUACUGUACAUAUGUUUACAUAGUGUAUUUAUUUUUCCUACACCAUACAUUUUUAUAGACCCUCUUGUUACAUGUGACCAAUUCGCCCUCUGAAAGGAAAUUUGUAUGGAAAUAUAUAAAAGUUAUGUUGGCCAAGUAUCAAAUGCAUCAGAAAGUUCUUUGGCAUUUCAAGCAAAAUCUUUAAACAGAAGUUCAUCUUCUGUUUCCUGAGUGUUGAUCUAAAUGUCACCGACAUGUUGUUUGAAGGAACUUUCUCAUAAUAGUAUGAGAGAGAUCCACCAUCACUCUGAGAACUGUUGCACUGACAGCUUAGUACUUUUAUAUAGCAGCAAUACAUGACUAGAUCAAAGGUAGGCCUCAACAUCUGUUUUUGCCUGAUGUUCUGACAGAUACCAUCAGAGUUUGGUUGUUGUUCCCUGUAACUCUUCUGCUCACCACCUACAGCCUUAUGCCAUUGUCAUCAGUGUGUGGCAUCUUGCCAUCUCAAUUUCCUGAUCACUACAAAAUACUAAUAACCUCAGGAAUUCAUUCUGUGUGGUUGCUUAGAUUAGUACUGGCAGGUUUCAUGCAAACUAUUUUGUUCUGUUUUGUAUAAAAUGAAAGGCUUUAUUUUUUAUUCCUACUGUACAUAUUGGUGGCUUCCUAACAAUAUUAUUACUAGAAUGUAGCUUCUGAAUAUUUUCUGCUUGAAAUAAAAAGGUGUUCACUAUUCAAUUAAAUGCCUCUGUGAUGUUCUGUGUCCUGCCAGUAACAAGUACUAUGUGCUGUUUUCAUGCCAGUGACUAGCACAGUUACUGCAGGACCUGGCCAGGUUGUACAUCCGUCACACUUUUAAGAUACAAGGUAAUAUUUUUCUCAUAUAAGCUUGUGAUCAAAAUAAUCUUUCUAAUAAAAUACUUUGUGCAAUA